UGCCCUAUAUAUGCCAAAGUAACACUUGAAGCUCAAGCACACAAAAACUACUCACUCUCUAUUCUAAUCUCAAUGGCUCAGAUAUCAAAUCUUGUUUUUUUAGCUUCCAUUUUCUUUUUUAACAUCAUAAACGGUCCAUUCCUCACGGAUGCUAUUUCCUCAUGCAACGGACCUUGUAGAACUCUCAACGACUGCGCUGGUCAACUCAUUUGCAUCAACGGAAAAUGCAACGAUGACCCUGACGUUGGAACCCGCAUCUGCUCCCAACCAUCACCUUCACCACCACCACCAAGCGGGGGUGGUGGGACUUGCCGAACCUCUGGCAACUUACAGUGCGAUGGACAAUCAUACCCUCAAUAUAGGUGUUCUCCACCCUAUGUAUCCUCCGGCACACAAGCAUUACUCACUUUGAACGAUUUUAGCGCAGGAGGAGACGGAGGAGGUGCUUCUCAGUGCGAUGAGAUAUUCCAUAGCAACUCGGAAAGAAUCGUGGCAUUAUCGACUGGAUGGUACAGUGGAGGUUCAAGGUGUGGAAAAUUUAUUAGAAUUAGGGCGUCGAACGGGAGGACUGUGACCGCGAAAGUGGUAGACCAAUGUGAUUCAGUGAAUGGAUGUGAUGAUGAACAUGCAGGUCAGCCACCUUGUCGUAACAAUAUUGUGGAUGGAUCUGCAGCUGUGUGGGAUGAAUUACGGCUGAAUAAAAAUGAUGGUGUAGUACCAGUUACAUGGACUAUGGCUUGAAAGAAUACUCAAGUAGUGGCUAAUAUAUAUAAUUAAUAAGACUAAGCUUAAUUUGCAUAAGGUAAAAUUAAGCUUGUGUGUGUUAUUUCGUCAUUUUGUUGGUCCUUUGUUUCUAUUGUAAGUGUAAUAAUGUAGAUGAUGGGAAUGCUCACGAUGAGUGAACGAACAUUCUUUAUAUCUACUUUUAUUUUUAAUUAAAUAAAGAGGAGGUACUUUAUGACUUCAACAA